AAACAGCAAACUUGAUUACAACCAUAAAUACGGCUCUUGUUAAUUUGGGGAAAAGAGCAGACACGUAACUAAGCGAAAUUAGUCAACGAUAAUGAGAAUCAACCAACUGCUCCCAGUUCUCCCCCUCGCUGGGCUGACUCUUGGCUGCGGUCACCAUCACGACGACAAGGAAUGGACCGCGGAAGAGUUGGCCGAACUCGAGGCAAAAUGGGGUUUCGAUUGGGCAUUUGGCGGCAUUGGCACAUUUGCGCACCUGAAUCAUGUUAAAUGCCUUACAGAGCCAACCGAACCUUACGAUAUUGCUAUUGUUGGCGCUCCAUUUGAUACCGCUGUAACAUACCGGCCCGGUGCACGGUUUGGUCCAAGAAGUAUUCGUCACGCGUCAGGUCGUCAGCACUCCCUCCGAGGCUACAAUCCUCGAGCAGACAUCAAUCCAUAUCAAAACUGGGCCAAGAUCGUGGAUUGUGGGGAUAUCCCUAUAACACCUAUUGACAAUGAUAUUGCUCAGAAGCAGAUGGCGCAGGCUCUUGAGCAAUUGGGGCAGCGCAAAACUGUGUCAUCUAUAUCCUCGAAGCCCAAGCUGUUCACACUCGGUGGCGAUCAUAGCUUGACCUUGCCUGCCCUUCGAGCAUUGAAGAAGGUCUACGGAGAUCGCGAGAUCCAAGUCCUUCAUUUCGAUGCCCAUCUUGACACGUGGAACCCUCACGCAUAUCCCUCUUACUGGGGAACGACACCUUUCAAUCAUGGAUCCAUGUUCUGGUUGGCCAACCAGGAAGGACUGCUCUCCAACUCGUCAUCUCAUCCUUCAGUCCAUGCAGGCUUGAGAACACGACUCACAGGCAUCCAAGACAACGAAGACGACACUGUGCAGAACUGGAUUCGUUUCUCAGCUGACGAUAUCGACAAAAUUGGCACACAAGGUAUAAUCGAUGGUAUAAUGAAGAUUCUCGGCACUGAAAACCUGGUGUACCUGUCGGUAGACAUUGAUGUCCUUGACCCAGCCUUUGCGCCAGGAACAGGCACGCCUGAGCCCGGGGGUUGGUCUACCAGAGAGUUUAUAAACAUUCUUAGAGGCAUCGAGGGACUGAACCUGGUCGGCGCUGAUGUGGUGGAGGUUUCGCCUAUCUAUCAAGGGGCAGGCGAAGAGACGACUUUUGCCGCUGCUCAGGUCGUUUAUGAAAUUCUGACGUCUAUGGUCAAGAGAGGGUUACAGGAUGUAGGAAGAUCGGACAAGUCUAGUAAAGAUGAGCUAUAGUUGAGCCUAUUUGACUCUCGUCGUCAUUACGAAGAAGAGAUUACACAAAGACCCAUGGCCAGCUAGCAGGAUGUUUGAUACUCUAGCCAUGGGCAGGACCCUACUUUGUUACGCAGCUAAGGGAAAGAAAUUAAGCAAACCUUACUGAUCC